AGGGAUUGGCAGAGAGGGGUGGAGGACACUGAGUGGAGGCCAGUGGAGGGAUUGGCAGAGAGGGGUGGGAGGGCACUGAGUGGAGGCCAGUGGAGGGAUUGGCAGAGGGGGGUGGAGGACACUGAGUGGAGGGAUUGGCAGAGGGGGGUGGAGGACACUGAGUGGAGGGAUUGGCAGAGAGGGGUGGAGGGCACUGAGUGGAGGCCAGUGGAGGGAUUGGCAGAGAGGGGUGGAGGGCACUGAGUGGAGGCCAGUGGAGGGAUUGGCAGAGGGGGGUGGAGGACACUGAGUGGAGGCCAGUGGAGGGAUUGGCAGAGAGGAGUGGAGGACACUGAGUGGAGGCCAGUGGAGGGAUUGGCAGAGGGGGGUGGAGGACACUGAGUGGAGGCCAGUGGAGGGAUUGGCAGAGAGGAGUGGAGGACACUGAGUGGAGGCCAGUGGAGGGAUUGGCAGAGGGGGGUGGAGGACACUGAGUGGAGGCCAGUGGAGGGAUUGGCAGAGGGGGGGGGUGG